GCCGCACCACAGAGCAGGCACUGGGCUGCUGCCUCUCUGGGAACCCCCUCUCUGGGCGCUCCUGGAAGUGGAGGGGAGGCAGCGAAGGGAGGAGGAGGCGGGAGAGGGCAGAGCCUCCCCUGCCGAGCACCUGGCUGCCCGCUCCCCCCUCUCCGGAGACAACCUGCUGAGCCCGGGCCAGGCUAGAGGAGCAGGCGUGGCGGCUUCUGAAACCCCUUCUCCAGAUCGCUGGCAAGUGGCGCUCAGGACUGAGACCAGCCCCCCAGAGAGACCUUGGUCACAGACGGGGGGCUGGUGAUGACAGUAGCCUCGCUUCCCAGGAUGGACGGCAGAUGGUGGCCUUCAGGCUGGGCCUGGCUCCAGCUGGCAAUGGCACUUGCGGCUGGGACUGUGGUGUCCAGUGUGGCCAUGGACUACGGCCCGACCUCCAACAGCCUGGAGGGGGGUGCGGAUGCCACCGCCUACUGGUGGGGGGAGUGGACCAAGUGGACGGCGUGCUCCCGGAGCUGCGGGGCCGGCGUGACGUCCCAGGAGCGGCACUGCCUGCAGCAGAGGAGAACGUCGGUCACGGGCGCUGGGAACAGGACCUGCACCGGCACGUCUAAGAGGUACCAGCUGUGCAGUGUGCAGGAGUGUCCGGCGGACGGGAGGAGCUUCCGCGAGGAGCAGUGCGUCUCCUUCAACUCCCACAUGUACAACGGGCGCACACACCAGUGGAAGCCCCUGUACCCUGACGACUACGUGCACAUCUCCAGCAAGCCCUGCGACCUGCACUGCACCACGCUGGACGGCCAGCGGCAGCUCAUGGUGCCCGCCCGCGACGGCACGUCCUGCAAGCUCGCCGACCUGCGGGGGGUUUGCGUGUCUGGCAAAUGUGAGCCCAUCGGCUGUGACGGGGUGCUCUUCUCCACCCACACGCUGGACAAGUGCGGCGUCUGCCAGGGCGACGGGAGCAGCUGCACCCACGUGACGGGCAACUUCCGCAAGGGCAAUGCCCACCUAGGUUACUCCCUGGUGACCCACAUCCCGGCCGGUGCCCGCGACAUCCAGAUCGUGGAGCGGAAGAAGUCGGCUGAUGUCCUGGCUCUCGCCGACGAAGCUGGCUUCUACUUCUUCAACGGCAACUUCAAGGUGGACAGCCCCAAGAACUUCAACAUCGCCGGCACCGUGGUCAAGUACCGGCGGCCCAUGGACGUGUACGAGACGGGCAUCGAGUACAUCGUGGCCCAGGGGCCCACCAACCAGGGCCUGAACGUCAUGGUGUGGAACCAGAACGGCAAGAGCCCCUCCAUCACCUUCGAGUACACGCUGCUGCAGCCGCCGCACGCCCGCCACACCCCGCCCGUCUACUACGGCUUCUCGCAGCCGGCCUCUGAGAGCGCAGAGAGCCAGGAGCUGGCCGGGCCGGCGCUGGCCGGCCUCCUGCACCGCAACGCCUCCCUCUAUGGCCAGGCCUCCUCCGAGCGGCUGGGCCUGGACAACCGGCUGCUGGGCCUCCCAGGCCCGGAGCUGGGCCGGAGCAAGGGCCAGGAGACCAACGAGCUCUGUGAGCAGGCCGGCGGCCGGGCCUGCCAGGGGCCCCCCAGGGGCGAGGGCUUCCCAGACAGCAACGCCACUGGGACGGCUCUCGAAGGGCACAAGGAUGACCAAGAGGCCGACGCCCGUUUCGCCUCCCAGGAGCUCCUCUCCGCCAACGCCAUCUCCGGCCCGCUGCGGGCUGCCGGCUCCAACGCCAGGGAGCUCCCCCUCAACGAGACCGUCAACAGCAUCUUUGCGCAGGGCGCCCUGAGGAGCCCCCCGGCCGAGAGCCUCUACGUGGACUACGAGGACAGCGAGGGAGCCGGUGCCUACCUGCUCAACGGGUCCUACCUGGAGCUGAGCAGUGACCGAGCCGCCAACGCCUCCUCCGAGGCGCCCUUCCCCAACGCCAGCACCAGCCUGCCCACCUCGGCCGGGAACAGGACUUACAAGGCCAGGACCAGGCCCAAGGCGCGCAAGCAGGGCGUGAGCCCGGCGGACAUGUACCGGUGGAAGCUGUCGUCCCACGAGCCCUGCAGUGCCACAUGCACCACAGGGGUCAUGUCAACCUACGCCAUGUGUGUCCGCUACGACGGCAUCGAGGUGGACGACAGCUACUGCGACGCCCUGACCCGUCCCGAGCCGGUCCAGGAGUUCUGUGCUGGGAGGGAGUGCCAGCCCAGGUGGGAGACCAGCAGCUGGAGCGAGUGCUCGCGCACCUGCGGGGAGGGCUACCAGGUGCGCAUCGUGCGCUGCUGGAAGAUGCUGUCGCCCGGCCUGGACAGCUCUGUGUACAGCGACCUGUGCGAGGCGGCCGAGGCCGUGCGGCCUGAGGAGCGCAAGACGUGCCGGAGCCCGGCCUGCGGGCCCCAGUGGGAGAUGUCUGAGUGGUCCGAGUGCCCGGCCAAGUGCGGGGAGCACAGUGUGGUGACCAGGGACAUCCGCUGCUCGGAGGACGAGAAGCUGUGUGACCCCAACACCAGGCCCGUGGGGCAGAAGGACUGCACGGGCCCCCCCUGUGAUCGCCAGUGGACAGUCUCCGACUGGGGGCCGUGCAGCGGGAGCUGCGGGCAGGGCCGCGUGAUCAGACACGUGUACUGCAAGGCCAGCGACGGACGGGUGGUGCCGGAGUCACAGUGCCAGAUGGAGACCAAGCCCCUUGCCAUCCACCCCUGCGGCGACAGGAACUGCCCGGCCCACUGGCUGGCCCAGGACUGGGAGCGGUGUAACACCACCUGCGGCCGAGGGGUCAAGAAGCGGCUGGUCCUGUGCAUGGAGCUGGCCAAUGGGAAGCCGCAGAUGCGCAGCGGCCCCGAGUGCGGGCUGGCCAAGAAGCCCCCCGAGGAGAGCACGUGCUUUGAGAGACCCUGCUUCAAGUGGUACACCAGCCCGUGGUCUGAGUGCACCAAGACCUGCGGGGCGGGCGUGCGGAUGCGGGACGUGAAGUGCUACCAGGGCACGGACAUCGUGCGCGGCUGCGACCCGCUGGUCAGGCCAGUGGGCAGACAGGCCUGCGACCUGCAGCCCUGCCCCACGGAGCCCCCAGACGACAGCUGCCAGGACCAGCCAGGCACCAACUGCGCCUUGGCCAUCAAGGUGAACCUCUGCGGCCACUGGUACUACAGCAAAGCUUGCUGCCGCUCCUGCAGGCCCCCGCACUCCUAGCGGGCAGCCCGCCGAGAGGCGCCGCCCCACGGCCUCGCUGACAGC